GCAAAGCUCAGAUUUGUUACUCAUAACCAUUAUCUCCAUUCUACUGUUUGCUGUGUCCUUAGCACAUUCACAGCCAUGGCCCAGUUUCCUGCCGAUCCUCACACAACGAUGAUAUGAUCAAUAGGUCCAUCGCACAAUGACCGUCUCGCUCGGCUCUAUGCCACUUUGGCGAUGCGGAGUUCGUCGUCCUUUGAAUGCACAUCUCCAUCGCAUAUCCAGCAUGCGCUGCCGAGGCUUCUCGUCGUACCUGGUGACACCAAAGGAGCUCGACGAAGCCCUAAAGAAGAAUGCACCUACUGCCAUCUCCACGGCCCCCAAAGUCAUCCCCAUCUGUGCCGCCUGGUUCAUGCCCAACGAUCCCGAGAAAAGAACAGGUCUCCAGGUUUUCCUUAAGAAGAGAAUACCCACUGCUCGUUUCUUUGACAUUGACGAGAUAAAAGACCAAGAGUCGGAAUGGCCACACAUGCUCCCUACCUGCGAUGCCUUUGCAGACGCAAUGUCCAAGAUGGGAGUCCGACGGGAGGAUGAAGUGGUCGUUUACGACACUGAAGAGCUCGGUUUAUUCUCUGCUCCUCGUGUGGCCUGGACCAUGCGGGUUUAUGGCCACCCCAAAGUCCACAUUCUCAACAAUUUCCGUCUCUGGGUCAAGGAAGGUUACCCUAUUGAGACUGGUCCUCCAGAAGUUCCCAACAUCACCAAGUAUCCAGUUCCCGCGUAUAAUACCGACAUGGUGGUGAAAUUUGCGGAGAUGAAAACAAUAGGCUACGACUAUGGAAAGGAGGGUUCAGAAGAGAUUCAGAUACUCGAUGCUCGGUCCAAAGGUAGAUGGGAAGGUACAGAACCAGAACCGAGAGCCGGAAUCCGAAGCGGGCACAUGCCUGGUUCAACAAGCCUGCCCUUCCAGGAGUUGCUGGAUCCCGAGACCAAGGCGUUGCUGCCUCAGGAGGAGUUGAAAAAGGUUUUUGAGAGCAAGCACCUUGACCCCAAGACGCCAUUCAUUACCACUUGCGGCACUGGCGUGACCGCAGCCAUCAUCGAGGCGGCCCUCAAGGAGGCGGAGUUCGGCUCAGAGCACGACCGGAGGCUGUACGAUGGUAGCUGGACGGAAUGGGCCUCCAGGGUAUCUCCGAGUAGUGGUCUGAUCCAAUCCAAAACAUCAGAAUCAGGCAAAUCUUGAGCGGGACAUGCCUGUCUUUCACGACUGCGGAGACGAUCUCACGCGGGCUGCAUUGGUGGCAUUGCUUUUAGCGAGGGCGUUUGUGGUGUUGGGUUCCUGCAUUCACACGGCUGGCGCGGUGCGAGUCUAAGCAUCUUCCUCCCAUCGUCGAAGUGCACGUUAUUGUCGAGCUCUCAUAGUCCAUGUCUCUUUCCAGUGAAUAAUGCAAUAUGCCUCUAGAAUCUUUGCGCGGACGCCUGCUCCCCAAGUAUUUUGCAACG